CUGCGUAUUCACACAGUUCCAGCCAACGAACCUGGUGGUGAUACCCUCUGGGCAUCAGGGUACGAGGUCUAUGAGCGCUUGUCAACUAUUUGGCAAAGGUUUGCCGAGGGUCUGACUGCAACCCAUCAUCAGCCUAAUGUCCUAGAAGUUGUGAAAAAGCACGGUGUUGAGCUCAUCAACGGCGAGCUUUGGUCUCCUGAGAAUACUGGGCUGGACUUCAAGGCUUCGCACCCUGUUGUGCGGACAAACCCAGUGACGGGAUGGAAGAGCCUGUAUGGACUCGGUGCCCAGGUGGAGAAGGGUUGGAUUGACGGCGUGACGGAGCAUGAGAGCGAGCUGAUUAAAGCUUACUUUUACGACAUCAUCGCCAAAAACCACGACAUUCAGGUUCGCUUCCGAUGGAACGCUGGUGACGUUGCUAUCUGGGACAAUCGUUCGGCCUUCCACACUCCAACAAACGACUACGAGGGUGUACGCCAAGGCAAUCGAGUCGUUUCCAUCGGCGAGAAGCCGUACUACGACCCCAACUCGGUAUCUCGCCGAGAGGCUCUGAGCGCCCUUGCAAGGAAACGAACUGGAUCCUCAAGUAAAUAA